CAGCUUACUCCAGGGUUGUCGGAGCUCUGGGCUUGCAUCAGAGGCGCUUCCAAGCUUUAUUGGCAGCAAACGGCGAGGGGCAAGCACUGCUAACCCACUCGCCUGCUCGCCUUCUGGAGGCACCGAGAAGGAGCCAGACGCUGGCCGGGCAGUGGAAAUGAGCAGCCCCGAUGCUGGAUACGCCAGUAGCGACGACCAGGCGCAAGGACGGUCCUCCCUCCCUCCCCUCAGGAUGCAGUGUCAGUGGGCAGAGUCGCUGAGCCCCUUAACCGAUGGCAAAGGCGAAGCGGCGGCCGACCAAGUACAGCAGGGAGCCUCGGGCCGGGCCAAAGGGGAGACUCGCAUUCGCCGCCCCAUGAACGCUUUCAUGGUCUGGGCCAAGGACGAACGCAAGCGGCUAGCGCAGCAGAAUCCGGAUCUGCACAACGCGGAGCUUAGCAAGAUGCUGGGACAGUCGUGGCGGGCGCUGACCCAGGAGGAGAAGCGCCCCUUCGUAGAGGAGGCGGAGCGGCUGCGGCUGCAGCAUAUGCGGGACCAUCCCCACUACAAGUAUCGGCCGCGGCGGAGGAAGCAAGUCAAGCGCCUGAAGCGCAACGACGGCGCAGUGGACGGUGGGAGCGGCUUCCUCCCAGUUCAGCAUCACCAGCUGGGCCUGCCCGGAGAGGCGGGAAACGGAGGCAGCUGCGAGGCGCUCGGCCUUUCUUAUGCAGAGCAGCCCAAUUACGCCGGCGGGAGCUUCCAUUACCGGGACUGCGCGCCGCUCCCGCUGCCGGCCUUGGGCACCCAUUUCGGCAACUACAGCCUGCCUACGCCGGAGCCCGAAUCCCAGGGGGGCGCCUGCGCAGAACCUGUCUUCUUCCCGCCGCCCCACCCGGAGGACGGCGGCUGCCUGCUGGGCCCCUACGGCUACCCGACGCCGCCUGGCUCCGAGUAUCCGUGCAACGGCGUCCCUGCCAGCGGCCACGGCAAUAACGGGAAUAGUCCCAGUGUCGGCAUCGGCCUUUUCCGUAGUCGCUUCCCGGUGCCUUUGGCCUCCUACCCUUCCUCGCCCGCCCCGGACCACGCGCAGCAACAACAACCCCGUCGCCGAGGGGAGGCCCCCGCCGGGCUCGAGCAGCUGCCCCCACACGACGUGGACUUGCUGGCGGAUGUGGAUCGCGCCGAGUUUGAGCAGUACCUGCCCUUCGCCUGCCGCCCGGGCGACCUGGGGCUCCCCUACGCGAGCCACGAAGGCCUGGAGGCUAACGCCGCGGCCUAUUACUGCGCGGCCGCGGGCGGGGCUGGAACGUAUCCCUAGUUGUGAGUCCAGCGUCCCCAGGCGGGUGAGGGCGGGGCAGGUGGACCCUGCUAAUAUUAUUUAUUGUAAUUUAUUGACUGCGCAUCUCUAAUGGCCAUUAGAGAAGGAGCUCCCGCGUUUCUGAAAAUCGGCACGUCCAGGGGCCGCGAGGUUUUUUCUUGCAGGAGGCUCACUUCGCGGGAGUUAACAGGCAUCUGCCUUUUUUUCAGGUUUUGUACAGAAUGGGUUGGGCUUGGACUAAAGCACCCGAUUAAAGUUUGACUUGGAACAGCUUGGCAAUAAAAACGAAAAACAAAACAACAAAAAAACCCAACCAUCCUUCAGGUGGUUUUAUACCAAGGUGUGCUGGAGUUGUCAUUCUUCAGAGACUUUGUUACCUGAGAAAAUAACAUGCCAUGAAUAGUUCAAUAACUCCCAGCUAACUUUGCACACAAAACUCUACAAUCUCGCUUUGCACAUCCUAAUACCACAUUCUCAUAAAAUCCAAAUCGAUCAAGGGGUCUUAAUGUGGCUGGGUAAUCUUGAAACUAGAGUUCCCAGCUGGGCUCCUGGAAUGGCUUUCCCAUAACGGAGACCCCACAACAUCUGCCAUAUUUUCCCUGAGCCAGUCUGCUUGGGAGGCCAAAUUACAUGGGCGGGGCCAGGAGGUAGAUUCCAUCAUAUUCAAGUGUGAAGUGAGACCUGAGAACUCUGUAGCAAUUCUCAAGGUAAUAUUUUCAACCCUUUGGGCUCAUUUCUCUUACCCAGAAAGCAUUCAGUAAAUGUAGUAAAUACUGAAAGGAUCCCAAAGAUAAUCAGAUGAGAAAAUAUGAAUGCUUUUGCCUGGCUUAAGUCUAGUGUUUGAACGUGCUUCAUUCCACUAAGUGUCACCUACUGAUAGUAGGUGUUGGGAAAGUUAGUUUAAAUAAAGACAGUCACCUUCCCUCACGAUCCAAUCCCUAGGAUAGUCUUUGAAGGUUCAUAGCCUGCCAAAGUAUUUUUAGCAUUAGAAGGUAUGUUUUAAAUCUGAUGUGAGUUUAAUGCCUACUGGUAUUAAUUUGAACAAGUUAAAGGAACACAAUUUGAUUUUUCUCAAUUCUAUUCCAAGAAAUAGAAUUUGUAUACCUUGCUCCCUUCAAAAAGUCUUCGACUUCAGUAUCUAAGGAGAAUUCCCUGUGAAAUGAACAAUCUUUGCUUCAGUGAAUUUGAGAUCACAAUCCUGAGCCCUUUAGGGUUGCAGUAAAUGGGUGCAAGUUGGAGCAUCUGACCACUGUACUGCUGCUUGGCUCUCACCUUAAUAAGCUGAACUGUUUACAAUAUCAAUUUAGGAUUACCAGAUCCAAGGACCAGCAAAAAUUGGGAUAGCAACAAAGAGAAAACCUGGUGUCUGAAGUUUUGCAGCCCUAAUCAGGUAAUGAAUUGUUGCAAUUGAUGCAAAAAAAAAAAAAAAAAGUGUGUACCAAAAUAUCACAAGAAAGAAAAUAUCAAGAGGCCAACAUGUAGAAAAUCUUGCUGCCCUCUUAGGUAGGGCAUUAUCUCCUAGAGUAUGGUCAACUGAACCAACCAAAACUGCUCUUGAGAAUUUGCUAAGACAGUAUUCUUCAGAAGAAAACAAAAGCAGAGCCAUUCUAAAUUGAUAGCAGUCAUAAAAACUGGAUCAUGUGUCAGAGGAAGGGACAGGUAGGAGCCUUUUCAAUUGACAUCCUCUUAUUUUGUACCAGUUGGCAGCAUCACUACAGUGCAUACUUGCUAAUUAAAAGUACUGAAUUAAUUUUGGCCCAUAUCUGUAUCCCUUUGUAAAAGAGUACAAACAUGUUGAUGCAUUUUUCCUUUCCUUCCUUUUAAAGUAGAAAACAAAGGCAGGUAGAAUGUGUUGUGAUGGAUAUGGGUUGGAGUCCCCCUUGCAGCAAACAAAUCGUGGUAAUACAAUCCCUCAAAAACGCUAGACUGAGAUUAUACAAUAUUUGUGUAGUAAACUUGUGGAUAUGCAGAUAAGUGAUUUCCCAUCUCUUUGCCUGUAACCUGUAUGAAGACUUACUCAGGAUUAUGUUCCAUUGAUCAGGAUUUAAAUUUUGUAAUAAACAUGAUUAACUUUUUCAA